GUUUGUGAGAGGAAUGUUGUAACCUUAACUUCUGCUAAUUAAGAUUUGUGAAACCCAUAAGUGUAUUUUUUUAUUGUUAAGGUUGACUUACCUACUAGUUUAUUAAAAUCAAUUCAUCUGUUAUUCACUAUGGCUGAAACCUGAAUGAAAUGCACAAAAAAUAAGUUUAAUACACAAGGUUAUAUCAAGGUGAAUUCAACAUCUGUUGUGACUGUCAACUAUUGGAAUUAUAUAUUGGGGUGUCUCAAUAUUUACUUUUAUAAAAAGCACCAGAUGUUGUACACAAUAGUGUACAAUCGUACAAAAUACAGUUGACUACAACUGUAUUUUUAUUCUUUCAAAAUGUUUUAGCCAAAAGGCAGAUAUAGCUCUUAUUGGAUUAGCAGUAAUGGGUCAAAAUAUUAUUCUAAAUAUGAAUGACCAUGGUUUUGUGGUGUGUGCCUACAACAGGACAGUUGCUAAGGUUGAUCAAUUUCUUGCUAAUGAAGCUAAAGGAACAAAAAUAAUUGGAGCAAAGUCGCUUGAAGAUAUGGUUCAAAAGUUAAAGAAACCAAGAAAAGUAAUGUUGCUAGUGAAGGCUGGCUCAGCAGUUGAUGAAUUUGUGAAGAACUUACUACCUCUGCUUGAAAAGGGGGAUAUUAUAAUUGAUGGUGGUAAUUCACAGUAUUUAGAUACUGAAAAAUGGUGUAGCAAGCUUGAACCUACUGGCAUACAUUAUAUUGGCAUGGGUGUAAGUGGUGGAGAGGAUGGAGCAAGAUAUGGACCUUCUUUGAUGCCCGGUGGGCACCCAGCAGCAUGGCCACAUGUUAAACCCAUCUUUCAAGCCAUUAGUGCUAAAGCUAAUAAUGAACCAUGUUGCGAUUGGGUUGGCGAUGGUGGUGCCGGACAUUUUGUUAAAAUGGUACACAAUGGUAUAGAAUAUGGGGACAUGCAACUUAUCUGUGAGGCCUAUCACCUAAUGAAGGAUGUUUUAGGUAUGCCGCAAGAUGAAAUGGCUGCAGUGUUUGAAGAAUGGAAUAAAGGAGAACUAGACUCAUUUUUAAUUGAAAUCACACAUGAUAUUUUAAAAUUCAAGGAUGUUGAUGGGAAAUUCCUUCUACCUAAAAUACGUGACUCCGCUGGACAAAAAGGCACUGGAAAAUGGACUGGUAUUAGUGCAUUGGAGUAUGGAGUUCCCGUCACACUAAUUGGAGAAGCUGUCUUCUCACGAUGCCUUUCUGCUAUAAAAGAUGAGCGUGUCAAAGCAAGCAAGAUACUGCCUGGUUCUACGGAGAAGUUUACUGGUGACAAGAAACAGUUUUUAGAACAUUUGCGCAAGGCGCUCUAUGCUAGUAAACUGAUUUCUUACGCUCAAGGCUUCAUGUUGUUACGUGAAGCGGCCAAGGUUCAUAGGUGGAAUUUGAACUACGGCAGCAUAGCCCUAAUGUGGCGCGGCGGCUGUAUAAUCCGCAGCGUUUUUCUCGGCAACAUCAAGGACGCGUUCACGAAGAACCCGCAGUUGUCCAACCUGCUGUUGGACCCGUACUUUAGCGAGCGCAUUAGCUCGUGCCAGGGUUCGCUGCGGCAGGUGGUGGCCACCGCGGCGCUGCAGGCGGUGCCGGCGCCAGCGCUCUCCUCCGCGCUCGCCUUCUAUGACGGGUACCGCUCCGAGGUGCUUCCGGCCAACUUGCUGCAGGCGCAGAGAGAUUACUUUGGUGCUCACACGUACGAACUGUUAAGCAAACCUGGGAAUUACGUCCACACAAACUGGACAGGCCAUGGCGGUAACGUUUCCGCAACCACAUACAAUAACUAAAUUUAAUAAACUCCUUGAUCUUAUUUUUUUUAUUAUCGCUUUCGGAAUUCCUCUUGUUUUUAAAUAAUGUAUAUAAAAUGCGGUCCAAUAUCGAAAUGCGUUUUUAAGCUACCUUAUAAAAGGAGUCGGAUAGCUGGUGUGACAAAAAUUUCUAUUUUAAUGAGCUUUGAUGGCGAUUGAUGUUCCAAAGAACUACGCUUCGCUACUACGCUACGCGAGAACUACGCUAAGUAGCGUAGUUCUUUUGAUCAUCGAUAGCCAUUUGCAGAAAAAACUAAUCUCCGCCAAGGUACAAUCUGUUGUUACGUUGUAAAAUAAAUAAUAUAUCUCAGCAUUUGUGACAGAUUACAUACUAAUACAAAUUCAAAAAUGCCACAACACAAAUGAACUUCUUCUUUUUCUACUGCUAGGAGGCAUUUCGUAUUCGUUUAUUCGCAGUUGUCACAGUAUUUUCAUAAUGCUGUUUGCAGUUAAGAAGCUCUUUUUGUGAUUAGAAUCUUAAGAACACAUCUUAGACCGUUGUAUUGAGGCAGUGUUUUAUAGCUAUCACAAUUAUAUUUUUAAUAAGACAUAUAUCUGUUUCGUAAGGAUAAUAAGUUUAUUAUGUACUGUCGUUAAAACAUUCCGAUUAUAUUUUGGCUCGGGUG